UAAGAAGUUGUGACUACUCUAGGGACACAGGAAAACUGUUUUAGGGAUCAGGGCUUACUGUCCUCCUCCCUAGAUAGUCAGUAGUGGGCUUGUUAGUUUAAUUUCAGUCACUUUCAAACGUAGGUCAUCCUGUCAACCUUCUGAACUCAUUGUGCUCCUACAAGAGAGUUACGUUUUAUACAAAUUAUGUCAACUGGCUGGGAUGACACUGUAGAAUUGAGGAAGCUGUGAGCCUCACUUGAAUACUGAACUCAGUUCACAAGACAAACUCAAGAGGACCAAACAUGACAGCAGUCCGACUUGCUUUAGUGCUGCUUCUCUGCCUCACUCAUUCACAACCAGGUAAAUGUGGAGUCAAACAUGUUGUGUAUUCAAAGGAAAGAGAUGAUGUGAAAAUACCAUGUAACAAUGUAGCUGUUGACGACUGCUCUUCAACUACAUGGGUCUCUAUGAUCGCUGGAUCCAAAAACACUGCUGAAGAGGUCAGCCGUGGGAAGAUCAACUUUAAGGUCACAAACAGAACAGACAGACUGAAGCUAGAGCCUGACUGUUCUCUGAAAAUUAUUAACGUCACCUCUCAGGAUGCGGGAGAGUACCUCUGCCGACAGUACCUGACAGAUGAUGGAGAUCAAAAUGGAGUAGAUGAUCUUGUUUAUCUCUCUGUACUGUCAGUUUCCUCCUCAAUUCCAGCAUCACAGAUGAAGGCUGACACCAAUGUGACUUUCUACUGCAAGCUGGCCGCCCAUAAGGAAAGCCAGGAUGAACAUGGUGGCCCAAAGCUAGUGUGGAUUGGCUUUGACCAACAACAGGUCAAGAAAGCGAAUCCAUAUGAAAUCUCACCGACACGAACACUGACAAAAGAGGACAACAAUAGGAAGCUGCAGUGUAAAGUGACAUGGAAGGGAGAACUCAAAGCCACUGUGGACUACACCAUCAAUCUUGGUCAAGAUGGCUCUCACCCUGUGGGCUUGAUAGGUGCUGUGAUUGGGACUGUAGCUGUGGCUCUGUGUGCAUUUCUACUAUUUCUCUGGAGAAGAAAAGCAAAGCAAAGGGCAAAUAUGAGGUUUGAGAAUGUGAGCGCAAAUGUACCAAAGGAAAAAACUGAAGACAAGAGGAAAACAUCAGGACAAUCAAAACAGGCUCCGGGAGACCAGGGCAUCACCUAUGCGGAAAUUACCAUCAAAGCAGACACCAGGAAAAGCUCUGAUAAACCCACAUUCCAACAUGAGACAGAGUAUUCCACCAUCAAGACUAUCUGAACACUCAGAUAGUGCAGUUGUGUAAAUACAUAUUUUCCUACAAUGUUAUUCAUGUACAGAAUGUCUCAGUGGAAUCUUGGUGUAUAGUUUCUUUUUUAUGUUAUUAUUUGUGAAUGUGUUUGUUGUUGAAGUUCAUCUUGUUUUGAAGUCAGGGGUAUGCUUAUGCUCCGUCCGGCAUCUUUUGUCUUGUGUGACAUUUGUUGGGCAGCCGUGGCCUACUGGUUAGGGCUUCGAGCUUGUAACCGGAGGGUUGCCGGUUCGAUCCCCAACCAGUCCACAGCUGAAGCUGAAGCCACCUAACCUCUCGCUGCGCCGCUGCAUGCUGCAAAACAAUUGUUAUUUGUAAAUGUGUUCGUUGUGACUUGGUGUUUGCUGGCGCCUACAACGCUCCAUCUAGCGAUACCGCGAUAAUACAGAAUAAUUACCAUGAUCAUUUUGGUCACUCUAACCGUGGGGUUAGAUUUUCAUCUAGACUUGUGGGUCUUCUUGGCUGUUACAUUUGUGUCUUUAACUGUGUGAUGUUACGUAACAUGUUACAGUUAUAUGUUUUACUGAUGCUGUUAAGGAUGAGUGUGAACCCGAAAUGCACUAAGAGGAUGAGGGGUCGAUUUAGACCUGCUUACAGCCAUAACUUUAUGACUUUGAUUUUUGUUUUCUAAGAACAAAAACUGAUAUAUUUAAAUUGCUGAGAUCAUUGCAAUCCUGUUUGAAACAAACAAUCUAACUAGGGUCAGUAAGGAGGUAUGUGAAGAGACAGAUUUGCUACUUUUGCCAUCAGAUAAAAACCCAAUUACUGUAUGUAGCAAAAUAUGUGUGAAGUACAUGUAGUGCUUCCAUUCAACAGUCUGUUUUUAGUCAGUUUUACAGUCUGUGUCAAGAAUUAUUGUCAAGGGCAUUCAUCAUUUUACUCUGCUUUUGUACUUAUAUAUCAAUUGACGGAGCUCUGUACAUGCUUGUGAAAGUAAAAAAAAACCUGAAUGUUUCACUGUAUUCAUUUCCUAUAGCAUUAUAUCUUGUAAAAAAAAAAUCUAAAUUCUAGUCUAUGUGUGAAGAGAGGAGAGUGCAAGAGUAAAAUGUAGUGUUUUAUUAUAUUUAUUUGCUUUAUAACUUUCUAUAAAUAUAA